AUGGGCGGACGUCAGGCUCACGGCCGAUCACUCCUGGCCAAUCCCAAGGCCAAAAAUACCGGAAACAACAAAAAGUCCAAGGCGCGCUCGCAAAAGAACGCCCUCAACGCCUUUGGCAUCGCCCAGGAAAACUUUGCGCCCCGGCAGAAGCUGACCCCCCGCGUGAGGCAACUCGACGCCGACAUCGAGAGCGAGAGGAAGCACGGCCGAGACGAAGAUGACGACGAGGAUGAGGAAGAGGAGGAGGAUGAGCCCCAGAGGAAAAAGGUCAAGAGGCCCAGUCGACCCGCCGACGGUGGCGCCGAGGACGGAAGCGACAGCGAGGGUAAUGAGUGGCGGCUUGGCGGUCUGAGAGAAGACGAUGAGGACUCUGAGAUUGAGAGUGACGAGGCGUUUGGUGAUAGCGACGAGGAAAAGUUCCAGGGAUACACAUUCCGCGGGAGCAAGUCGACACAUCAAGAGGAUGACGACUCGGAGGACGAUUCCCAGGACGACGAGGGUCAAACACUUGGCGAAGACGCCAUUGACCUAGCAACAGCGCUCGAUCAGUUUGAAGAAGAUUCAGACGAAGAGCCUGAGGGCAAGGACCAGUCUGGUUCUUCAGAAUCCGACGACGAUGCUUCAGACGAGGAGGAGGAGGAUGAUGAUGACGAGGACGACGACAGCGAUGAUGACGAUCAAGAAGCCAACCCAGAGAAGCUAGAAGCUCUUCAGGGGUUGAUCAAAGGUUACGGUGGUCAGAAGGACGACGAGGAGGACAAGCCCAAAUCAAAAACCAAGAUCAGCCUGAGUGACCUGGGACUCUCGGGCAUCGGCGAUGCCAAUGUCAAGAAGUCGAUGAAGCUCAUGAACAAGGAAGAAAAGGAGAAGCGUCCUGGUGCUGCCAAGAAGCUGGAUGUCCCCCUGGCGAAGCGACAACAGGACCGCCUGGAUCGGAGCGCCGCCUACGAAAAGACAAACGAGACACUGGACCGGUGGAACGACACAGUCAAGCAGAACCGAAGAGCAGAGCACUUGGUGUUCCCUCUACCACAGAACUCGGCCACUGCUGGUCUGGAUACAACUGAAAUUCGACCCCUGACCACUGCGAACCCCAGCAACGAGCUCGAAUCCGCCAUCAUGUCCAUCAUGGAACAGAGUGGUCUUACCAUGGACAAGCCCCAGAAGCCCAAGGAGAAGGAGUACGACGAGGAGGGUAAUGAACUCACGCGCAAGGAGGUGCUGGCCAGGAAGCGCAUGGAGCGUGAGCUCAACUCUCGCGAGGCCAAGAGGGCCAAGCGCAUCAAGAAGAUCAAGAGCAAGGCCUACCACCGCGUACACAGGAAGCAACGCGAGCGUGAUGAGAUGGCUACCAAGGAGGCCAUGGAGGAGGCUGGUGAGAUUGACUCUGAUGAAGAGCGCCUGGCUCAGGAUCGCCGUCGUGCGCUUGAACGUGUCGGACAGCGGCACAAGGAGAGCAAGUGGGCCAAGAUCGGCUCCAAGACGAAGCGAGCCGUGUGGGACGACGACUUCCGAGCCGGUCUGACAGAGAUGGCCCGCAAGGACGAGGAGCUUCGGCGGAGGAAAGAGGGCCGCGCCGGUGGUUCCGAUGAGUCGUCAGAAUCUGAUAGCGACUCUGACAACGGAGAUGCUUCGCUGCGGCGACAGCUGGCGGCUCUUGAGGAAGAAGAAGAUGUGCCGCAGAAGGGCCUCAUGAGCAUGAAGUUUAUGCAAAAAGCCGAGGCUGCCAAGAAGGAGGCCAACGACGCCCUCAUCCGUCAGAUCCGACGAGAGCUCGACGGUGAGGAGUUUGAUGGCGACGGCGAUGAGGAGAUGGAGGAGGUGGGUCGUCGACAGUACGGCGCCGCUGAGGGUCAGGCGUUCAAGCCGACUUUCGAGAAGCCAACUCGGGCGGCCAAGAAGCAAAAGUCAACAGAAGAGGAUGACGAUGACGAUGAUGUGGUGAUAACUACCAACGGGGCGGGCAGCAACCCUGCCAUCCCCAACAUCACAUCCCUCGACUCCUCUCGAACCGUCUCAUCAACCGCAGGCGCCUGGUCCCGCGGUGAAACCCGCCGCAAGAAGAAGGGUCAGUCGGCAGCCAACGUCGGCGAGCUCGACCUCUCAUCCAACGUCAUCGUCGCCUCCUCCCGCAAGACAAAGAGCAAGUCCAAGCCCGACGAGGAAGCCUCAGAUGCCGAAUCCGACACUGACCAGCAUCUCCCCCUCGCGAUCCGCGACCAGGAGAUGGUGGCGCGUGCCUUUGCGGGCGAGGACGUUGUCGGCGAGUUUGAGCGCGAAAAGGCAGACGUUGCCGAAGAGGACGAUGACAAGGUCGUUGAUAAUACUCUCCCUGGUUGGGGCUCAUGGGUCGGUGACGGCGUGAGCGAAAAGGAGAAGAAGCGGCAUCAGGGCCGGUUCCUGACAAAGGUCGAGGGCAUCAAGAAGAAGGACCGUAAGGAUGCCAAGUUGGACAAGGUGAUAAUCAACGAGAAGCGGAUCAAAAAGAACGACCGCUACCUCGCCUCACAACUCCCUCACCCCUUCGAGUCCCGCCAGCAGUACGAGCGCUCCCUGCGUCUGCCCGUCGGCCCCGAGUGGAUGACAAAGGAGACGUUCCAGGAGAGCACCAAGCCUCGCGUGCUCAUGAAGCAGGGCAUCAUCGCGCCCAUGUCCAAGCCCACCAUCUGA